AUGGGAGGAAAAGCCUCGCCUGGUAAAUCUGGGGCGUGGGAUUUGAUCACCCGUUUGGGAGUCAAUACCGCGAAAAUCAACACCAAAUCCAUUCUAAAAUUAAACGAGGAAUUUAAUAGUAAAAUUAUCAUUUUGUUUGCUCUGAGCUUCCAUAGUGGUAUGAUAAUCGUUACCGAUGCCAAAAAACAACUCAGGAUACCGCUAAUAUUCAACAUUUGGGUCAGUUAUUGA